CGAGAAGUGGCGCAUCGCAGCCAUCAGGGUUAUGAACAAUUCGGUGUUUUUCAUGCAAGAUACCCUCUGUUUUCCCGCGGAUUAAUGCAAUCGUCGUCGGUUGCAUGCAGCAAAGCGACGGGGAAUUGAUAGAUUAAACAGUAGCCUAUUAUUAUGAUAAACGGAGACGCUCAUCCCAAAGCCGUAUAUUUGUUUUAUAUGCCGAAAUGAGGCAGGGGGCGGAAAGUCGCCGCAGAAACAGUGGGUUUUGGCCAAACAUCACACAGUUUCAGUCCAUAAUUGACGUUAAAUCGUGGGUUUGCGUUGCUUUUGGUGCAAAAUUACCGAAUUGAGCGAAUUUUACCAGAGAAAUGCAGCUUGCUUGAAGACACCCCAGAUAUCGGUUGGCUACUGCUGCCAUGACAGGUAGAAGUCUCCUCUCGACUACGGCUUCGCCGGUUGGAGAAUAAACAGGUUGAUUGGGACGUGAUCGCAGCUGCGGAACUGCCAAUGUCGGAUGUUAUUAUUAGUGGAGCCUGAUCCUGUAAAUAUAAACGCAAACAUACAGUAAUUCGGGAAAAACUCAGGGAAAAUGUCUUCUCGUUCUGCAUUACCGCCUGGAAACGACAGGGGCACGGACCAUCAUGUGUCUCUAGCCGCCAGUCGCUCAGACAAGGGCACUAGCCUGUCCAGCCGCUCACUGGGCGCCCGCUGCAGGAACUCCAUCGCCUCCUGCUCUGACGAGACUCCGCACAUCGGCAACUACCGCCUGCUUAAGACCAUCGGCAAAGGCAACUUCGCCAAGGUCAAGCUGGCCCGCCAUAUCCUGACGGGCAAGGAGGUUGCAAUAAAAAUAAUUGACAAAACUCAGUUGAAUCCAACCAGCCUACAAAAGCUCUUUCGAGAGGUUCGGAUAAUGAAAGGUUUAAAUCAUCCAAACAUAGUGCAGCUGUUCGAAGUGAUUGAGACGGAUAAGACCCUUUAUCUAAUCAUGGAGUAUGCCAGUGGAGGUGAAGUGUUUGACUACCUCGUAUCUCAUGGGAGAAUGAAGGAGAUUGAAGCCAGAGCCAAAUUUCGGCAGAUCGUGUCUGCUGUCCACUACUGCCACAUGAAGAACAUUGUCCACCGAGACUUGAAGGCCGAGAAUCUCCUGCUGGACGCCAACGCCAACAUCAAAAUCGCCGACUUCGGCUUCAGCAACGAGUUCACACUGGGCAACAAGCUGGACACGUUCUGUGGCUCUCCACCCUACGCCGCCCCGGAACUGUUCCAGGGGAAGAAAUACGACGGGCCCGAGGUGGAUGUCUGGAGCCUGGGGGUCAUACUGUACACGCUGGUGUCAGGAUCGCUGCCCUUCGAUGGGCAGAACCUCAAGGAGCUUCGUGAGCGCGUCCUGAGGGGGAAGUAUCGCGUGCCCUUCUACAUGUCCACCGACUGCGAGGGGAUCUUACGCCGGUUCCUGGUGCUCAACCCUACCAAGCGCUGCACCCUAGAUCAAGUCAUGAAGGACAAGUGGAUAAACGCAGGGUAUGAUGAGGAUUCCCUGAAGCCCCAUAUAGAGCCUGUCGAGGACUACAGUGACACUAGUCGCAUAGAGGUGAUGGUGGGGAUGGGCUUCACUCCAGAGGAGAUCAAGGACGCUCUGCUCAACCAGAAGUACAAUGAGGUCACCGCCACUUAUCUACUGCUGGGCCUCAAGAAUGAGGAUGGCAGCGAGUCUCGUUUGGCCAGUACCCUGUCCCUGGCACGGAUCCGGCCCAGCCCCAUCACCAAUGGGACCAACAAACACUCCUCGGCCACUGCAGGCUCCUCUUCCUCCUCUUCCUCGCAUAGCAAGACCCAGCGCAGCGCCUCCACCUAUCACAGGCAGCGGCGGCACAGUGACUUCUGCGGGCCCUCCAUGCCCGUCAUGCACCCCAAGCGGAGCCCCACCAGCACGGGUGACCGGGAGCUGCGGGAGGGGCGCAUGCCACCGCGUAAGGCCAGCUGCAGUGUGAUGGGCAGUCGCUCGCUGCCCCCCUCCAGCCCCAUGGUCAGCAGUGCUAAUAAUCCCAACAAGUCAGAGAUCCCCGACCGCCGCAAGGAGAUGACGGCCACCACAGUGAGAAACAGUGAGAACAAUAUCCCGGGAAGUGCUAUGACCCGCCGGAACACAUACGUCUGCACGGACCGCUCCAGUACCGACAGACACUCCUUGCUGCAGAAUGGCAAGGAGAACAGCUCGCUGUCCCACCGCCUACCCCCCACCUCCCCCUCCACCCUGAGCAUCUCUGGGGCCGGGGCCUCCUCCUCUGGCGAGCGCUGCCGUCUGACACGGGGCUCCACGAUCCGGAGCACUUUUCACGGGGGCCAGUUGAGGGACCGGGGCCCGCCCGUCUACUCGGCCCCGCCCACCUCCCCCACGCUGUCCCACCACGAUGCCAGUCCACUGCCGCACGCCCGCAGCCGCGCCACUUCCAACCUCUUUACCAAACUCACCUCCAAACUCACACGCAGGGUCACAAAUGAACCUGAGGGAAUCUGCCGAUCUGCGGUCACAAGUCGCCAUUUACCUGGGCAUCAAAAAGCGGCCGAGCCCUGGGCCAUCGGAUGUGGCUGGAAUCUGAGGGUACCCCGGGGGCGGCGGGACCCAGCGGAGGUGGUGCUGGCUCUGCGGGAGGCGGCACGGGGCUGCGGCUGCCAGGUCCACCACGUCAGCCCCUUCCUGCUCUCCUGCACCCACGGGGCGUCCGGCGGUUGCGUGGCCUUCAAGGCAGAGGUGUGCCACCUCUCCACGGGGGGUGGUGCCUCCAACAAUAAGACUUCCAACGGGGUGCGCUAUACACGACUUUGGGGAGCACCGCUCGUUUUCCGGGACAUCGCCAUGCAAAUCUCAAAGGACCUCGAACUCUGAAUAUAAUGGGGGUUGAGUAGGAUGGAAAGAAAAAUACAGAGAAAGAGCGAUGUGGGGCUGGACUCAAGAUAAAAUACAUUUGCCCCUGUCUCUUACGUGGCUAUAGCCCUACCCCCCUCUGCACCAGUCUCAACCUAACCACCCGCCCCUAUCCCCAUCGCCACACCACCCAGACCCAAAUGUACCCCCUGCGUCCCUCUCACCACUACAACUGAACAGCUUCACCCACUGGAACCUGAUCAGACAGGAAUCCAGCUUAAAAUGUUUUACUGUUAACUCUAGCCAUAAUGACUAUUACUUUUAUGAUUGGUAUCAUUGUCUUUUUUAACGAUCACCAACUCCGUACCGACAACAUCAAAAACAUUCUCGAAAACAUUUCUCGUAUUUCGCCGUCUUGGACGCGUGUCACAGUACAGAUAUAGGAUCUUGAUUUGAUCACCCUGUUGCAGGAUAACUUUCCUGCAAUACAGGAAAUGUAAAACUUGUAGUGUAUUUGAGGAUUAAAAAGGCUUCUGAAGUUUGUAAAUCCACUUCAAAAUUUCAGACUUUAUUUUCCCUUACGAAAAAUGUAUCAACCCAUAAAACAUUUCCAUUAAUUAUAAUCCACAUAAUAAUUCACAUUUCCUGUUGCUGCAGGAUUAUUUUCCUGCUGUAGCUAACUGGCUCAAAUUAAGAUCCUACAUCUAUGUAUGUAUUGCUCUUUCUUCUCCCAUUUGAACAUUGAUACUGAUGAAGUGAUCAUCCAAGGACUUCUGUGGACGAUAUGCACAAAUAUGGAGACAGUUAACUCAAUGAUUUGACAAGCGGCAUCAAAGGUUACUCUGUUUUUCUAUUUGUGCACAGUAUAGGCGGGAUUGGAUUGUUGGGCAAUGACAGAAGUUGACAAGACACUUUGAACCAGCCAAUGGGAACCUUCACAUCCAUUUCCACUAACAUCAUCAACUGAAUAAGGUAGUAGGUGGGGAUGUUAUCUCGGACACAUCAUGAAUCAAUCUCAGUUAGUCUUAUUGCAUAUGACAUAAAUAAACUGGACUGAUAUAGGUUUCACUUUUGUAGUAUUGUACAAACCAAACACCAUAAUAAGCUAUAAUGUUAAUGUGUAAUGUCAGGCAGUAUACACUUUGGUACAUAUCAUGCUCCAUUUUAGAUAUCAGUGCCAAUACGAAAACUGAAUCUAUGUACAGUGCAUUCGGAAAGUAUUCAAACCCCUUGACUUUUUUCACAUUUUUUUAACUUUACAGCCUCAUUCUAAAAUGGAUGAAACAUUUUGUUUUUUCUCAUCAAUCUUACACACAAUACCCCAUAAUGACACAGCGAAAACAGGUUUUUAGACAUUUGUAUAAAACAAAUAUAACAGAAAUACCUUAUUUACAUAAGUGUUCAGACCCUUUGCUAUGAGACUUUAAAGUUAGCUCAGGUGCAACCUGUUUCCAUUGAUCAUCCUUGAGAUGUUUUUACAACUUGAUUGGAGUCCAUCUGUGGUAAAUUCAAUUGAUUGGCCAUGAUUUGGAAAGGCACAUAACUGCCUAUGUAAGGUCCCACAGUUGACAGUGCAUGUCAAAGCAAAAACCAAGCAAUGAGGUCGAGGGAAUUGUCCGUAGAGCUCCGAGACAGGAUGGUGUCAAGGCACAGAUCUGGGGAAGGCUAUAAAAAAAUGUCUGCAGCAUUGAAGGUCCCCAAGAACACAGUGGCCUCCAUCAUUCUUAAAUGGAAGAAGUUUGGAACUACCAAAACUCUUCCUAGAGCUGGCCACCCGACCAAACUGAGCAAGAAUCCAAUGGUCACUCUGACAGAGCUCCAGAGUUCCUCUUUGGAGAUGGGAAAACCUUCCAGAAGGACAACUAUCUCUGCAGCCCUCCACCAUUCAGGCCUUUAUGGUAGUGUGGCCAGACGGAAGCUACUCCUCAAUAAAAUGCACAUGACAGCCCACUUGGAGUUUGCCAAAAGGCACCUAAACUAUUUGGCCUGAAUGCCAAGCGCCAAUUCUGGAGGACCUGGCACCAUCCCUAUGUGGAAGCAUGGUGAUUGCAGCAUCAUGCUGUGGGGAUGUUUUUCAGCGGCAGGGACUGGGAAACUAGUCAGGAUCGAGGGAAAGAUGAAGGAAAGUAAGUACAGAGAGAUCCUUGAUGAAAACCUGCUCCAUAGCGCUCAGCACCUCAGACUGGGGAAAAAGUUAACUUUCCAACAGGACAACGAUCCUAACAUGCUGACUAGACCGGACACGCCGCGUGCGCGAGUGUCGCAAAAUACAUUUAGAAAUAUAUGUUAUUCAAUUAUUUCACCCACACUGCUCGCGUGCACCAAUGAGCGUCUGCGAUGCCAAGGGCUAAAAUAGGACUCCUUUCUAUUUCUGAUGCAGAUCGCUCUGCAAGUCCUGCCUCUUCCAUCUCCUCGUUGGUUUAUAGAAGCAGGUACCCACAUGCCAUCUCCUCAUUGGUUAUACCCGCGUGGGUGAUUGAAUGAUGAACUGUUGCCGGUUGUCGUGGUAAAUCUACGAAAGUUUAGAUGCCAAUCGCCACAUAAAUUAAACGAUGAAAAGGCCUGGAAGGAGGAGAGAUGACUAGAAAGAUUCAGUUGGCUGUUUUAUGUGUGGAUUAAUUGUCGGCGUAGAGGACCUUGUGCCUUUCAGGUAAAAUAACAACUCAAUGUUUAUAUCCCAGGACAAAUUAGCUAGCAACAGCAAGCUAUCUAAAUAGGACAAAUUAGCUAGCAAGGUCAAGCUAACUAGCCUAAUUGCCAUACAUGUUUAAUGCUUUUCGACCUGUCCCCAAAUGAAUGUCAUUGGUUCAGAGUUUGUUUUGAUAUUUUAAUCUGCGUGUCGUGAUCGCGUUUGGUGUAGGGGGACAAAAUAAAUGUAUGCACGAUAGCGCACGAUGGCGCAUGCGCCCAGCCGGUUUGGGUUCCGUGUAAGCAUGCAGCCAAGACAGCGCAGGAGCAGCUUCGGUACAAGUCUUUGAAUGUCCUUGAGUUGCCCCGCCAGAGCUCAGACUUGAACCCGAUCGAACAUCUCUGGAGAGACCUGAAAAUAGCUGUGCAGCGACGCUUCCCAUCCAACCUGACAGAGCUUGAGAGGAUCUGCAGAGAAGAAAUAGGAGAAACUCCCCAAAUACAGGUGUGCCAAGCUUGUAGCAUCAUACCCAAAAAUAAUCUAGGCUGUAGUCGCUGCCAAAGGUGCUUCAACAAAGUACUGAGUAAAGGGUCUGAAUACUUAUGUAAAUGUCAUAUUUCAGUUUUUUAUUUUUAAACAAUUGCAAAAAUGUCUAAACCUGUUUUUCGCUUUGUCAUUAUGGGGUAUUGUGUGUAGAUUGAUGAGGAAAAUGUUUUAUUCAAUCCAUUUUAGAAUAAGGCUGUAACGUAACAAAAUGUGGAACAAUUCAAGGGAUCUGAAAACAUUCUGAAUGCACUGUAGAUCAAAAUUGUGGUUCGUAGCGCUAUACAUUUUUUCACCUUCAAACCUCUAGCUAUCUGUAGCUUUGGUUUCCUGCACAUACCCUUGGAAAGUAAUUCCUUUGCCAAAUUCCUGUUCCGUAGAUACUCUUUUAUCCCUCUGAUUGGCUGGGAUCAAUGUCUGUGUUGGCACUGGUCAUCAUCAAUAAUCAUAUCAAGCCAUUUCUAAGCAUUUUAUCCCCUACCUCUCACGGUUUGAUCUCUCCCUUUCACCUUUCCUGAACAGAGUUGAAUUCAAGUCCUGAAACAGUUGCACAGUGAGUUGUUCCUCAGCAUAAAAUAGUUUAACUUAAUGUCUAAUGACUAAAAGGGUGACUGGGAAAACAGUUUUUGUUUCAAUGCAAAACCAGUUCAGUGCAGAACAUUGUGCCCUUGAACACCACAUGGCUUUGCCAAAAUGCAAAGCUGUCAAGCUUCAUAGUGAACCAAAUCUGGAACAGACCUGGGUUGAAAUACAUUAUUAUUUAACAUUUCAAAUAACCUUAGAUACUCUGCCCUAAACGUUGGGCAAAAAGAAAGAGUAUUUCAGUAGUAUUUUUUUAACAAUAUUUGCCCACUGAAAUAGGCUACAUAGUUCAGAGAAACUCAAUAUAGAAACUCAAAUAGAGAUAAUACUUGAUCCAGAUCUGUUUAGGAAUAAGUUAUAUUUCUUUCAAUGUGAUGCAAUGCAAUUUUGUUUGGAUUCUAUUCCGUGCCCUGACGUUUUAUCUUCAGCUAUCUCUCAACAUUGAAGGUGAACAUCAAAAUCUGUUUUUUUUCCCUGAGGUAACUGCAACCGUCCAAUCCCAUUCCUACUGUUACACACGCUGGUGCCUCAACUCUGACACCCUUUAGCAUUUUGGCACUGGUUAUCUUCAGAUCUACUGUUGUCUACUGUUGAUGACUGUGGGUUGCUGUGAGGUGUCGGGGGAAUGCAUAGACACACAGAUGAGUCAUUUAGAGAGAGAGAGCCUUAAAGGCAGUGUGACUGGGAUGCUGUGUUUUCCCUCUUGCACCCCUUAUGCACAUAGUACAUGUUCAAUGCUGGAAAAUAAGCUAAAAAAGGCUUCCUCACAUUCCCCCCUGAUAAGAAUGAAUGAUGUACUAUGAUGUUCAUGUAGGCUACAAGAUUUCUGCCUGAUUAUUUACUGGUAAUACUCUCGAUCUCAGUUGUGGCUUUUUGCUCAUGGUGACAUAACCAGUCAGAACAACGUGGUCAUUUAACAUUUGAUCUCUUUUUAUUUAUUUCAAUCUUCACCACAAGCGUUUUUACUGUCCGUAUGUCCGUUUGUUUUUGCAAUCCUCCUCUUGUUUUGUUUUUCGAAAACACUCCCAGCUGUCAUCCACUUCACAGACACUUCGUUAAAUCAUCUCUUCAGAACCUCCUCAGUGCCGUUUUGUCUGCUACGCUGCCACACGACAGGAUCCCCUAUAGAGGAGAGCAAUACUAAUCUACAACAAUACACAGCCCUCAACAGUACAGACAGAUAGAUUCACGGGCCUGAGGAGGGUCAGUCCUAUGUCCUAUAACAUUGUGGUGUAUAUUAGCAUUAGGUAAUAUAGACCUUGAUGCACUUUGCUUUGACUUGAAUCAGCUCCUUCCAGUGGAAUCUCGGGCAAAGCCCACAACGAGCCACUGGAGGGCGCCAAUGUCUUAAAUGUGAACACUUCAAUUUGUUGAUAUUUGCACAGGUACUUUAUUUAUUUUUAGAAUAAUAUCGUAAUAAAAAAUCUGCAUUUAUAUCAGCCAGUUUAUGGCUGUAUAGAAAAUAUAUGAAUAUAGUAUAUAUCUUAGAGCUCAAGGUUUAUUUAUAGCUAGAGCAAGGGAAGUACUUCUAGUUUAAAGCAGUUUCUGUCAAUGACAAUGUGGAACAAUACCAACCUGCAAUCCUGCAUGACUUCAAAGUUUGGGUUUUAGGGAGAGGGGGGGGGGGGGGGGUUUGAAAUGAUUCAUAUCCAUUAUUCAUAAAAAUGCAGUCAGUGUUUGGACAUAUAUAUGGUACAGAGAAAUGGUACCAAGUACAAAUGGCAGGCUUUUGGCCAAUUGCAAUGAUUUCAGUCAAUCUUCUAUUACUUACAGGGAAAUUGGUUCAAUUUGGACAAUUUUACUUCCUGAAUUCUGCAAUUGUAACUUAAAAGGAUUAUCCACUGGAUUUUCAGAAAUGUACUUCACAAGUCUCACAUUUUCUCCACCCGUAUAACAAAAUGUCAAAUGUGUCUAAUGUGUUGUUGCAAAUUCUGACAUUUUAAAUUGAUGUUUCAAUUCACACUAUCCCUGAUAAACACAAGUGUCAGGCAGAUCUGAUAGGAAAACCUUGGGUGCGUUCAAGCAAUAGUAACGUCUGUUUAAGUCUUUACAGAAUGAAAGUAAAGCAUCUGGUUGAUGAACAUACUAUGGUGAAGGAAAAAAAAUGAUGGGCUGACAUUGUUUCCAGAUGGAAUAUAAUACAAACCUGUGAAUUGCAGAAAGAUAGUUCAAUGUGUGCUGGUAUGCCUAUAAGAGACUGUCAGUGGUAUAGAUGGUUGUUGGACACAGUAUUGUGACCCCAGGGGCUCAGUAUUUAAGUAAUGUACAUUGUCAUGCUAGAACUGUUUAUUUUUGGAAAUGAUGUAAUAUGCAAUAGAGGCCAAUGAAACGGAUGAAGAGACACAUUUUGACCUGGACGCCUAAUUCUGUACACCCCUUGACCCCUUCAGAAACAAACAAUGUGAGAUUGUGUUACCCAAAAGCCCUGUUGCUUUUGGUCUAGAGAGAAAGUGAGAAACAUGGAGCGGACAAGAAAUUAAAUUCACAGAUGUUGCCAUUG